AAUCGCUCUCUCUCUCUCUCUCUCUCUCUCUCUUUCUCUCUCUGUCUCUCUUCGUUCUUAUCUAGUUAGUAAAUUGCUGGUUAGUUUUUAUAUUUUUUCUUAUUGAGCUCGCUCGCUGUAAUGGAAAGUGUAUCAUUAUCUUUGAUUUCCACAACUCCAACAAUCUUCUUCUUCGGCACAAUCCACCUAUAAAAGAUCUUUCUUUUUUAUCAGAAACACCAUUUUCGCCGCCGAACAAGCUCUGCGUACGUAUACUCUCUUCCCAAAAAUCGUCGUUUGGGUUUCUCUUUUUCAUUUCCUUUUUUUUUUUUUUUUUUUUUUUUUUUUUUUGUUCUUCUUCUUCGUGUUCUUGGUUUUGUGUCUUGUCGACUAUGAUAUCAAGAUCCUGCUUGGACCUGUUGAAUUUGAUCUCAUUUGAUGAUGUACGGCCUAUGAGUCCAGUCCCAAGGAUCAUGAACAUGCCGGGAGUCAUUUCGGAGUUCAGAGCGGGUCUCCACGACAACAUCAACGUCGUCGACGAAGAAAGCGUGAAGAAUUCAGGGUCCGACUUAGAUUCCUCCAAUACUCCACAAGAGCGUAGAAUCAUCGUCGCCAACGAGUUGCCGAUACGUGCUUACCGAGACCCCGAUUCCAAGAAAUGGUGCUUUGAGUUCGACAAAGAUAAACUCGCUUUGCAACUCAAAGAUGCGUUCGGAACCGACGUCGACGUCUACUACGUCGGUUGUUUGAAGGCGGAUAUCGAAGGCGCGGCCGAGCAAGAGGAAGUCGCUCAGGUCCUACACGACAAGUUUCGCUGCGUGCCGACUUUCUUGCCGACUGAAACCCAGAACAAGUUUUACCAUGGCUUCUGCAAGCAUUACCUUUGGCCUCUGUUUCAUUACAUGUUGCCUCUGUUAAAGAGCCACGGUCAGCGAUUCGACAACGCGGAAUGGCAGGCCUACGUCUCGGCAAACAAGGCCUUUGCGGACAAGAUCAUUGGGGUCAUAAACUCCGAUCAAGAUUCCGUUUGGAUCCACGAUUACCAUCUCAUGGUGGUCCCUGCUUUCUUGAGAAAGCGUUUUUACAGAGUCAAGCUUGGGUUUUUCUUGCACAGCCCGUUUCCUACCUCGGAAAUUUACAGGACUUUACCUGUACGGGAAGAGAUUCUUCGCUCUCUGUUGAAUUGUGAUCUUAUUGGAUUUCAUACGUUCGAUUACGCAAGGCAUUUCUUGUCUUCUUGCAGUAGAUUGUUGGGUAUGGAUUACGAGUUGAAAAGGGGUUACAUUGGUUUGGAAUAUUAUGGUCGAACAGUUAGUAUCAAGAUCAAGCCGGCCGGAAUCCAUAUGGGUCAGCUCAAAUCGGCUUUGUCACAACCAGACACCGUAGAAUCGGUGAUAAAAUUGAGACGCCAAUUCAAGGAUAAAACGGUGAUCUUGGGGGUCGACGAUAUGGAUUUGUUUAAAGGCAUUAGCUUGAAGUUUCUUGCAAUGGGGAAGCUAUUGGAUCAGAACCCACACUGGAGGGGCAAAGUGGUUUUGAUUCAGAUUGCGAACCCAGCAAGGAGCAGCGGAGAAGAUGUCCAAAGUCUGCAGAAAGAGACCAGUACCAUUGUCGAUGAGAUAAACCACAAGUACGGAGAAGAAGCACCGGGAGGGUACAAACCCAUCAUUUUCAUCAAACGCCCAGUUACGAGCCUCGAGAAGGCCGCUUUCUACGCCAUUGCAGAGUGCUGCGUAGUGAAUGCCGUGAGAGAUGGUAUGAAUUUGGUUCCUUACAUGUACACCGUUUGCAGGCAAGGAAGCUCUGUUCUCGACAAGGCAUUGGGGGUUAUCGAAGAAGGCUCUGAUUCAUCACCAGCACCGAAACAGAGCGUUAUCAUUGUCUCCGAAUUCAUUGGUUGCUCUCCUUCUCUCAGCGGAGCAAUCCGUGUGAAUCCGUGGAACAUAGAGGCAGUCUCUGAUGCGAUGAACUCGGCAAUCACGAUGAGUGAGGAAGAGAAGCGGUUGAGGCAUGAGAAGCAUUACAAGUACAUUAGCUCGCACGAUGUUGCUUACUGGGCCAGGAGUUUCGAUCAGGACCUUGAGAGGGCUUGUAAGGAACAUUACAACAAACGGUUCUGGGGCAUGGGUUUUGGUUUGGGAUUCAGAGUCAUGGCUCUGGGACCCAAUUUCAGGAAGCUUUCUUUGGAUUACACUGCCUCUGUGUACAGGAACACGACAAGCCGUUUGAUCCUGUUGGACUGCGACGGGACUAUAAUGCCGAAGAUGUCGGUGGACCAAGCUCCCAGUGCGGAGAUCAUCUCCGUGUUGAAUACCUUGUGUGGUGAACCGAAGAACACCGUUUUCAUUGUGAGUGGCAGAGGGAAAGACUCUCUCAGCAAAUGGUUCGCUCCGUGUGAGAAUUUGGGCAUUUCCUCAGAGCAUGGUUACUUCACAAGGUGGAAUGGGAAUUCUCCAUGGGAGGUUUGCACGUAUACGAAGGACUUCGAUUGGAAAAAUAUUGCAUUGCCAGUGAUGGAGCAUUAUACAGAGGCCACAGAUGGGUCUCACAUAGAGCAGAAAGAAACAGCAUUGGUUUGGCAUCACCAAGUGGCUGAUCCUCAUUUUGGUUCAUGCCAGGCUAAAGAGCUCCAUGAUCACCUUGAGAAUGUGCUUGCCAAUGAGCCUGUUGUGGUUAAAAGGGGUAAAUACAUUGUUGAAGUUAAACCCCAGGGAGUGAGCAAAGGCAAAGUAGUGGAGAGCAUAGUCUUGAGCAUGCAGAUUAAUGGGAAGACACCGGAUUUCGUGCUGUGCAUUGGGGAUGAUCGGUCCGAUGAAGACAUGUUCGAGAGCAUCGGCCGAUCGAUUUCCGGCGGGACAUUACCGGCGACGGCGGAGGUUUUUGCUUGCACUGUUGGUCAGAAACCAAGCACGGCCAAGUACUUUGUUGAAGGUUCAGGGGAAGUGGUGAAGUUGCUACAAUUACUUGGAACAGUGCCAGAACAGCCACCCAGAUACACCACCGCACAGCAUCAGGAAGCUUUUCAGGGGUUUGAUUGAUUUGGAAAAAAAAAAUUUAACCCCGCUGACUCAUGGAUAUAUUACAAGGUAGAAAGUGAUAUUUUAGAGCCAAAAAAAUUGAUACAGCAACGGCCUUUGUACAGAUGAUAGUUCUUUUUUUUUUUUUUUUUCUUCUACAUUUUACAGGUUCAUCAUCUGAUCAACAUAGACAUUACUUUCACAGAUUAGUUUAUUCAAUUAAUGUUCUUUUAUAGCUUACAACAAGAAAGUGAUUGCAAAGUUCAGUGUUUUUCUUUU